AUGGCCAACAAGGACUUGCUGGACUUUGCACAGACCGCCAUAAGCCAGGUUGCAAAAAUUGCCAUCAAUUUAGGAAUCUCUCUUAUGAACCCGACGUGCGCUUCUCUUGGAACGGAACUGUGGCUGGUGGUCGACCAUCUCGGCUCUAUUGAUCCAAGCGACUACGAUGAACUGAAGUUGCACAUCUCCAAAUUGGUCAAGCAUGUUGAGAGGAUAUGUAGCUGGCCAAACCGGCUCUCAAAAGACCCAACGUACGGAUAUCCAAUGUUGGAGGCCGUCGCAGAGAAGCAAGAAGGCUCGCGAGGAUAUACAAUAGUCAAGAGGAAAAUCGAACAAGGAAUUCGAAACCUCGUAUCAAAUGAUAGAAAUGGUACCGAGUCUAUAUGCCGCCUAAGAAGAAUCGUACUGCGAGCAAACGAAACGGGGCGUGAGGUCGAUGAAGAGGUGUUAACGAAGCCUCGAAAGGAUAGACCGGUGGAUCCUCAUCCUCGUGAAAUCCACGCAAAUGCUUUUCAUGUCCUACGAAAGCAUAUGUAUUGCACAUGUGAUGGUUCAACCCAGAGAGGCUUUAGUCACUUGGCGAGAUUGAUGUUGCAGCCAGUGCUGCAAAACACAAACGACUACGGGCAGGUUCAGUUUGACAUGCUCUUUUCAUGCAGUACUAAAUGGGGAGAGCAAUUCAACCGCUGGCAAGAUGUAGAGCUGCUCGUUUCACAGCCCCCAAAGAGGCAAAAGAGUUCAAGCAGACCAGCUAAAAGCACACGAUUCUCCAAGAGCGAUGAAGAUCCCCGGCGACUUCCACGCGCAGAAGAUGCUAUUGGGGUUGUUGGCCAAGGGGAAUUUUGUAGGCUCAUAAAGUCGGAUACUAGCUCCCGCGUCCGUUUGGCAGUCCAAGACGAAAAGCUUCAGAAGUAUAGACCAUCUUUAUUGAAGCAAAUGGUUCAGCACCUUCCAGGCAUCUCACUCGCCAAUAUUCUCGAGAACUAUCAUCUUUCAGCCAAGAUGAAAACUGUGCUCGCAUAUAUACUUGCCCACUCCGUCUGGCAGUACUACGACACCGACUGGAUGACAACUACAUGGACGAGUGAGACUAUUCAAUUCAUUUGGGAGAGUAAAGAUAACCUUCCUGGUCAUCAAGGUCUCUUAUUCCCGUCCAAGCCGUAUCUCUCUGUUCAAUUCGACAACGAGGAUCCCCGUUUCGACGAGUAUAGCACCGUGGAAGGUGAGAUACAUUAUUACCCAAGGAUCCGCACGCUGGGAAUUAUGCUGGUCGAAAUCGGCAUUGGGUCGCCACUUCCUAAGCAAGAUCGCGAGCAUCAAGCACAGUCAUUAGCGGCCACCACCAAUCAAUAUUUGACGCAGGCUAUUCGGUGCCUGAAUGACGGCAAACUCUGGGAGAACUUUGAGUUCCCUGACUACCGUGAUGCUGUCAAAGACUGCUUGGAUCCCAAAAUGUUUAGUCUUUAUGGAGAAGCAGAAGAAACUCAGCAAGGCCUAAGACAGCGAAGGGAUUUGUUGUAUAAAAAGGUUGUCUCUCGACUGAAAGACCUCCUAGAAGGGACGAAGUGGAUGGAACAACUAACUAACAAUAGAAUUGACCCUCUGAAUACUUCCAUCAAAAAAUCGGUCGUUCAGCAGGUUAAACAACAUUCUUCUAAUGACGGCCUUUGGGGGCAACAAGAUAAUAAGAAAACCAAGAAAACCCGCGCAAAAGAUGAUAAGGAUGAGAAAGAGGCUAUGAAGUGGCUCUCGCGUAUGCAAAAGCUGAGCGGGAUCCUGUCAGCUACCCCGGGACAUUCCACCAGACGUGUUCGGAUUGCUGUUCUGGACACCGGUUGCGACGAUGACUCCCCAUUCUUUCACCUUCCAUCCAAUAUUUCUCGUCUCAAAGGAUGGAAAGACCAUGUUGAUGGGUCUGAGGAGCGGGUGGAUAAACACGGGCAUGGAACCCAUCUGAUCUCUCUUAUCAUGGACAUUGCGAUAGAUGCCGAUGUAUAUAUAGCUCGUGUCGCAGAAGAUGCCACUGGACUCUCGACUGCAAGCAAAAAUGUUGCAAAGGCCAUCGCCUGGGCGAGUAAGGAGUGUAAGGCCGACAUAAUCACAAUGUCAUUCGGAUACACUGAGGAGCAGCAGUGUAUCAGCGAUGCUAUACUUGAUGCGUUAAAUGACAGUCACGGAUCCAUACUCUUCUUCGCAGCUGCUUCAAACUCUGGGUCAAACCAGGUGGAGAUGUUUCCUGCUCGUCAUGACUCGGUGAUAUCUAUCCGCGCCACCAAUGCGGAUGGUCAAUAUCAAGGCUUUAACCCACCUCGGAACGAUAACGACACCGUUACAUUUGGUACCCUGGGCUUGAAGGUUCCGGGCGCAUGGUUGAGCGACUAUAGCGGCAAAAAGUGCCAGACUGGCACCUCUGUUGCAACCGCAAUAGCGGCAGCGACGGCAGCCCUUUUAAUAGGAUACAUCAACAGAAUAGAAGUCGGUGCUUCUUCGGAUCCCAUAUUGCAGAACGUGAAGAGGAAGAUAUAUACACAUCGAGGAAUGCUAGCUUUGUUCAAAGCUCUCUCCACUGGGACCCUGAAUCAGCACUCUUUGUAUCUGACACCAUGGCAGCUACUAGAUAAAUCAGAGGAUGAACGAUGGAUAAAGAUUGCGGGGGCAGUAGCAGAUGUUUAA